UCUUCUAAGGUACAAGAAAUCCAGGGAAGGUAUGACGCAGUUAUUUAAUGACAGACAGGGAAAAUAUUUGUUCAGAUUUACUUUUCGUUUGACAUGAUAUGAAAUUAUAUGAGAUAUGUUGACUAUCACUGGACCAGUUUGUUUAGUUUCAAUUGUUGUCAGUGUUUUCAGUAUUUCUGUUAACAAUGGCGGAUAUGAGGAUAUAAAUAUUGUAAUCCAAAACACGGUUGCGGAGAAUGAAACACUUCUAGAAAGAAUCCAGGAAGUAUUCACUAAAUCAUCACAGCUGCUUUUCGAAGCGACUAGGCAUCAUGUUUUCUUCAGACAAGUCAACAUCAUAUUACCUAAAACUUGGAGCUGGAAACCGGAAUAUACAGGUAUACCAGCACGGUCUGAACUAGAGUCCUAUAUUACUGUUGAAGAGGGAAAAGUUAAAUCUCCUCACACUAAACGGAAGAGAAAGAAGUGCGGCUACCCCGGACGGUACAUAUAUCUACACACCGACUUUUUGUUCACAAAAGGAAACACCAAAUGGGGACCUCAUGAUAACGUUAUAGUACAUGAGUGGGCGCAUUUAAGAUGGGGUCUGUUUGACGAGUAUGGAACCAAGAGGAGAGGGCGGUUUUAUCUGGAUAAUGGUGUAUGGAACCCAGCAAGAUGCAGUAAGAACGUUAGUGGAAACGUUGGAAAAGGUAGAGACUGUACCAGGGCAACGUCAAAGUGUAGCACAACAGACACGAGUCAGCUGAUAAAUGAAAAUUGUAAAUUUUGCCCAAAUGAAUUGCAGGCUGAAUCCAAUCUGAGUUCAAUCAUGGCAUUUAAUUGGGUUGAUGGGGUGUCUACAUUUUGUGACAAAGAGUCUGACGAAACCGUACCGAUACACCAAAGACACAACAGGAAGGCUCCUAAUAAACACAAUUCGAAAUGUAAAGGUCGAAGUGCUUGGGAAGUUAUGAGAGAACACGAUGACUUCAAAAAAGUUUCUUUGCCUGCUUACACAAACACAACACCUACAUUCAAUGUACUCAGAGAGACUACAGGGCAUCGUGUGUUUGUACUCGAUGUGUCGGGUAGCAUGAGUCGUAAUUCAAGAAUAACAAAACUGUACCAAGCAGGUGAAUAUGUUAUUCAAACAAAGAUUCCCGAUGACAGCUGGUUAGGAAUUGUUUGGUUCAACUCCACCUCCUCGAUAAUGAAAAAUAUGACCCAGGUGACUUCGCAACAAGUUAGGGACGAACUUGUAUCAUCAUUACCGCAGUAUGCCUCUGGUGGUACAUGCAUUGGAUGUGGCAUAGAAUCGGCUUUAGAGAUCUUGACGGCUAAAUUCGGAGAUCCUGCAGGAUCGGAAAUUAUAAUGCUUUCAGAUGGAGGAAACAAUGUAGGUGAUCUUGAUGCAUCUGUACAGAAAGCGAUCGAAGCAAGUGUAACUAUACACUCAAUCUCUGUAUCUCAAGAAGCGGACACAAGAAUGAUAUCGAUGGCAACUGCAACAGGAGGAAUCCACAUAUCAUACCUCGAGACCGGAACUACAAGUUUUGCAUCUGCUUUUAUGGAAAUAUUAUCAAGUGGAGUGACGUCGUAUGCGACUGCAUCGACCUCGCUUUUGUCAGAGAAGAUGGACUACUUAACGUCAAACACCGUCUCAUUUAGUUUUGACAUUGAUAGUAGCGUUGGAAUAAAUACUACUGUCAGUAUACUGCAAGGUACCUCCACAAAUAUACGCAUAGAGGUUGAAAGUCCAGAUGGAACAGUUUAUACAGAACAGACAACUGGAGACAACAUUAUAUUGGAUUUUCCUGGCACGGCUGUGACAGGGAAGUAUAAUGCGACAGUAACAACACAAACUUCGCCGUCUUUCGAGUAUUACGUAACGUCUUUGCCUACAGGCUCCGAAGUCGUGCGUAUAUCCUCUUGGGUUUCUCCCAUAAAUUUAGACUUUUUAACCGGCGAAUUACCUGUGGUCGAAGCUGAUGUAAUGAAAGGACGAGCGGCUGUUUUGAAUGCAAUUGUGGCAGCAGUUGUAGAGACAGGUGGAUCAGCAUCCUGUGAAAUUGCAUUACUCGACGAUGGAGCCGAUCCAGAUGAUACCGUAGACGACGGGGCUUAUGCCGGCGUUAUACCAAGGGUCUGUCUCGACCGAGAUGGUCGCAUUAGUGCAAAAGUGUAUGUACGUGGUCAAAGUGGAACAGCAUAUGUACAGGAUGUUUUUAGUGGGGCUGGAAGUCCUGAUACAGAGGAAGACGCAAACGUCACUGAGGUUCUUCAAGACAACUUUCAACGAGUCACUCUGGCAAAUGAAAUGUUAGUAUCAAACUAUUCAAGUUCAAUUGCAAGUCAAGACAUUACUGCGCCUGGCCGUAUAACAGAUGUAUCUAUCAUAGACAUUUCCACGGAGAAUACCCAGUACGGUGAGAGUAGAAACUUCACCAUCACAUGGACGGCAACCGGGGAUGAUAUAAACGUCGGACAAGCCACGGAAUAUGAACUGAGAAUAUCUGAUGAUAUAAAUGUCCUGAUAAAUGAUUUUUCGAAUGCGGAACUGCUGGAUAUCAAAAAUGCAAACUUCACACCAAAGGCUGCUGGAGAAGUUGAAUACGUAAGAUUAGAAAUAGAUGCGGAGGAGUCAUAUACAUCAACAACAUUCCUUGGUAUAAGUGCCAAAGAUGAAGCAGGGAAUGCAGGAGAUAUCUCUAACAUUGUUUCUAUACUUGUCGCCAAUGGAUAUCGAGUGAAAAUCGAUGGUGAGGUGGUUUAUUCUAAAAUUUAUAUCGUUGAAGCAAUUGAAAAAGAUGUUGUAGAAGAAGAAAAGAAAAUGAAUCUUGCAGCAUUUAUUAUUAGUCUGUCGUCUGCAGCAGUGGUAAUCGUUAUCGCAAUCGUUGCCGUUACCGUUUGUAUGAAGAAACUGAAAGCUAAAGAAAGUGUCGAAGAUAGUGAAUUCGCUAAUAGGGUUUCGACGACUACGGUAGUUGAAAUAGAUGAACCAUCAGGAGACUUUUACACUAGCAUGGCCUCACGACAGACCUGGGUUGGCAAAAUGACGGCAUUUAAGAGUAUUUGACACAUCCGUAGCAUUUACUGGUAUUUACCGGCAUUUACUGGUAUUUACCGGCAUUUACUGACAUAUACAUAGAACCUGAAAACUAUUCCAUUACCUCCUCAUCAAUAUUAGAUAUCAUUGUAUUUUAAUGUUAAUGGUGUCAAUAGGUGAUAUCAGCAUGUCAACAGAUGUAUUUACUUGUUUGCUUAUUGUGUAAUAAGUGACGCUUUUGAUUAUAAAUACAAUUACACUAUUGUGCAAACACCAUCCAAAGUAGCCCUGCUAAUUUCCAAAAUGAACAAUAAUUUUUGGUAGAAGGUAAGACAAGUAACCUUUUCAAUAUGUCAUUGAGUGAUUGACAACUGUUCAUGAUAAAAAGGCAAACAUAAAUAUCAAACAGAAUAUUAUCAAAGUUCAUUAUAAGUCAUCAUGAAGCCUAAAGACCCCAUUUGAGGUAACUUUGAUAUAGUGGAUGAUUCAAGAAAAAGGCUAAAUGUAUGAGAUUAACAGCAGAAAAUUCUUGCAAAGCCAGCAAGUUUAGGUGGCAUAGAACAUGAAUUCUCAAACGUUUGGAAUAAUUCAAACUAAAGAUUCAAACUAAAGAGAGAAAUAGCCUUGGUUUAGAAAAGGCAGUAAAACUUUGUUUUGCUACAGAAUGCUUAAGAUAAAUGGGGAUCGGAGUGAUGACUUACUGAAUGUGAUUAUGUAAUUGUAUGACUUUGACUUAUCACUAUGUCCAGCAUUGUAUAAAUAUUUGAGAAUAUGUUCUACUUUCUGGAGUUUUUAAUGAAUCUUGAUUGACGGGAAACAGACUGAUUUCAUACUAAUUAUUUGAUGUUCUUACGUUAUCGUUGUCUUUUUAACAUUUAUCUUUACAUACGUUUUGUGUAUUCUAUUCUUAGACUACAUGCAUUUAAUGAAUUAUAUGUUUUACAGACGCGUUCCAAUUGUUUUCACUAGUGUCAAACGUUUGCCAUGUCAUAAUUUAAAGCCAGGUAAUUUGCUAGUUUUGUGAUAUAAUAUUCAAUACAAUCAGUACAUACAAUAACAUUAAACAAUUGAAAUGAAAAAUAAUUUUGGGUCACUGCAUUUGGUGCUGUCUUAAGUACAAUAUUUUCCGAAAAAAAAUGCAUGUGUCAAUAUUUUUUAAUCUUUACCCUGCCAAAUUUUUAAAAUGGACUUGUCCAGCAUUCAGUUUGGCAUACCACGUAUUAUUCAAAGGUGUGUUCACUGAAAAUUUACUCAUUGGAUAGCGAACAGCACAGACCAUGAUCAGCCUACAUGGACAUGCAGGCUGAUCUUGGUUUGCACUGGUCGCAAAGGUAGGCUUAAGGUUAGGAUUAGGUGCGUGUCUUUUACUUUUUAUACUUCUGUUACCUUUCAAAACUGAACAUAGGUAAUACUGAUACGUUACUCUUGAGGUUAUUGAAAAUUUCUUUAUUUUGUGGAUUCGAUGGUGUAAAAUCUUUCAGAUAGUUUUGGAAAUGUGUUUUCAGUUAUUCACAUGGCUAUUGAAUUUGCUUGUUGUUUAUUUGUUUGGGUAACCCUUUUCUUUAUGUAGUAUUUUAUAUUCUUUUAGACGAUAGUGUCUGAUUUGUUUAUCCGAUGCUAUUGUCGUGUCGAAUUUGUUUAGAUAGAGAACAUUAAUUUUCGUGACACGAAUUGAUAUUUAUAUAUUGAUUAGAAUUUGUUAUUUUUGUAAACAGUGUGUGUCAGUUUGAUAUUUAUACAUUUAUCCAACCCUUAUCAUGCUAAACACGACUGAUUCUGCCUUUGCAACCAGUGUAGAUCAUGAUCAGCCUGCACAUCCGUGCAGUCUGAUCAUGAUCUGCACUGUUCGCCAUUCAGUCAGUAUCUUUUUGGUAAGCACCCCUUUGACGGUUAAUGGUACUGUCCAAAUUAAGAAAUGGAUAAGUUCAUUAUAGAAACUUAGCAGAGUAAGGGUUAAGAAUGACAAUUGUAUGCUGUUUUAUUCUAUGCCUUGACAUAUGCAACUGAAUUAAUGAAACUCUUUCAGAUACUGACUAAGCCUGACCAUAUAUACUUAGUUAUAAAACAUUCAUCCAAACCUUUUCAUAUAAUAAUCUAAUUCUUGUCCAAUAUAAUAAUAUAAGGGAAUUGAUUGUGUGCAUCUCAAAGGGUUUGUAUGGGGAAUCAAGUGAAAGGAACCAGAUCAAUAAACUAUUAAUAAAAUUU